AUGUCUCCUUCUCGAACGCUUCCUACUCUCACUCAGGCUGAGGUCGCCUCUCAUGAUUCUGCAGAGAGUUGCUAUGUCACAAUGGGUACCAGGGUCUUUGAUGUUACAGAUUUCCUUGACAGCCAUCCGGGCGGAGGUGAAUUGGUAUUAGAGUACGCCGGCAAGGACGUGACGGAUAUAUUGAAGGACGAGCUCUCGCAUACUCAUUCUGAAGCCGCUUAUGAGGUUCUCGAGGAUUCUUUCAUCGGAUUCGUUGCUACAAACAAGGUCAUAGAUAUAGCUACCAAAAGUACAAAACCAGAUACCAUCCUUCCACUCCCGCCAACAAAGGAAGGCCUGAAGGAAUUGAAAGAGAAUGGAUCUGCAAACUCUCUGCCGGUUUAUGCCAGUACUGGCAUGUCAACGGCAGAAGACUUGAGCAAAGAGACGGAUCUCGUAGAGGAUUAUAAAAAACACAAAUUCCUUGACCUGAACAAACCAUUGUUAAUGCAAAUUUGGUAUGGUGGUUUCAGCAAAGAAUUUUAUCUUGACCAGGUCCAUCGACCUCGUCAUUACAAGGGAGGAGAAUCGGCACCUUUAUUCGGAAACUUCCUCGAACCUCUAUCAAAGACAGCUUGGUGGGUUGUGCCGAUUAUUUGGGUUCCAUCCGUGGCCUACGGUACAUAUCUUGCCAGCGAGGGAUUCAAUAACAUCGCUGGAGAAGCAGCAUACUGGUUUCUUGGUCUUUUCCUUUGGACCUUGGUCGAAUAUAUUAUGCAUCGAUUCCUCUUCCAUCUCGAUAAAUGGCUUCCAGACAAUCGAGUAGCACUCACUCUUCAUUUCUUACUCCAUGGUAUCCAUCACUAUUUACCAAUGGACAAAUACCGAUUAGUUAUGCCGCCCACUCUCUUCGUCGUGUUAGCGACUCCUUUCUGGAAACUCGCUCACACCGUCUUUUACUGGGACUGGUAUGUGGCUACGGCAGUAUUCUGCGGAGGAAUCUUCGGGUACAUCUGUUAUGAUUUGACUCAUUACUUCCUUCACCAUCGCACAUUACCUUCUUACUGGAGACAAUUGAAGAAGUGGCAUCUUCAACAUCACUUCAUGGAUUAUGAAAACGGAUUCGGUGUUACAAGUCGAUUUUGGGAUUGUAUCUUUGGAACACAACUUGCACCUGCGCCGAAGACACUUUGA